GCCCAUGGCGGAGGCGGCGCAGGGCCGGGUGCAGGCCGCGGUGGAGAGCGCCGUGCAGGGGCUGGAGCGGGAGCAGAUCCGCGGCAUGCAGGGCGCCAUGUUCCGCUGCAGCGCGCGGUGCUGCGAGGACGCCGCAGCCUCCAUGCAGGAGGUGCAGCGCUGCAUCGAGCGCUGCCACGCGCCCCUGGCCCGCGCCCAGGCCAUCGUCACCGCCGAGCUCGAGCACUUCCAGGACCGGCUGAGCCGCUGCUCGCUGCAGUGCUCGGACCAGGCCAAGGACGCCCUGGACUCGGGGGGCUCGGAGCCGCGCGUGCGGGGCCAGCUGGACGCCUGCCUGGCCACCUGCGGGGAGCAGCACCUGCGCCUCGUGCCCGCCAUGGCCAAGAAGAUGCGGGACGGGCUGGCCAACAUCCAGCAGUGACAGCGGGGACACCCCCGGGACACCCCGGGGACGCCCCCGCAGCACACACUCAUUAAAGGCCAGGUUCGUGGACAAGAAGCUGUCGUGUGAGUUCUGGAACUGAUCCCACCCCGAUCCUCCUCACGGUGCCUGAGGACCCCGCCCGCCCUGAUCCCCCUCACGGUGCCCGGAGACCCUCACGGCCAUCGACGAGUGCGUGGAGAUGGCGCCGGGCGGGCGGCCACCAGAACCACAUCGGCGGGGUGCUGAGGGCACUGGGAGCACUGGGAGCACUGGGAGCAGGUGCUGAGGGCACUG